GCCCAGUCUCUGCCACAUGUGUCUCAGAAAGCUGUGGCUCUCUAAUCUAUGACAGCAUGAACCUGCUUUCUAUCCUUUUAUUGGUCCUUUGGUCAGCUUUCAAUGGGGCUGAUGCAUGGGACCCAGAUUACCAUACAACAACAGCUUCUCCUGAUGCAUGGCAUACUACUACUACUUCAGUGACAGGUGCGUCAUCCGAUCUAAUCACUUUAAUCGAAACCAGCCCCUUCCUUAUCUACAACGAGGACCACAACAAAUGUUUGACAGUUGUGAGUGCUAAUGUAGAGGCUGCAUCAUGUGACGAAUCAUCUGAGGCACAGUAUUUCAGAUGGAUUUCCUCUUCACGAAUCAUCAGCCUCUCUUUAGGUCUCUGUUUGGGGCAAAGAAGAUAGAAGACUGGGCCCAAAUUAUCCUUCUGCCCUGCAAUGAGUCUAACCCCGGACAAACCUGGGAAUGUAAAAAUGAGACCUUGUUUGGAUUGAAGGGACAUCCACUGCACCUGAACCAUAGAAAUGAAUAUGACAAAAAUAUGGUGUUGUUUACUGGAACAGGUGUUUGGAGUCGCUGGCAGAUUUAUGGGACCAACGAAAAUCUGUGUUCUCAUGGAUAUCAAG